CCGGCUUCCACGUUUGCCACGUUCCAGAGGACCAAAGCAGACUAAAAAGCCACAUGCCUCUCCGGCUUUGCAGCCGCUGCGCAGCGCCUGACUUGCUUCGACCUGCGGAUGGCUGGGGAGCGUAGGCGGCCCCGCCCCCGGGAGUCGCAAGCUGGGCGCACGCGAUUCUCGCCUUGCAGCCACACGCUGGUGCAAGUCUUCCGAGGCGCGGCGAGCGCGGUGAAGGCGGAGGCGUUGCUGCAGGAGUCGCGGAUCUCCGGUGUCCCUAGUGCACUCAGCAAGGCCCCGGUCCUCUGCAGUCCUCUCGAGAAGCUCGCGAUGGCCCCGCGCAAGAACGCCAAGGGCGGCGGCGGCCACAGCAGUAGCAGCAGCAGCGGCAGCGGCUCGGGCAGCGGUAGCCCGAGCACGGGUAGCAGCGGGAGCAGCAGCAGCCCCGGGGCUCGGAGAGAAGCAAAGCAUGGAGGACACAAGAAUGGGCGGAGAGGAGGGAUUUCCGGAGGCUCCUUCUUCACGUGGUUCAUGGUCAUCGCGUUGCUGGGUGUCUGGACGUCUGUGGCCAUCGUGUGGUUUGACCUGGUGGAUUAUGAGGAAGUUCUAGCCAAAGCAAAGGACUUCCGUUAUAACUUAUCAGAGGUACUUCAAGGAAAACUAGGAGUCUAUGAUGCAGACGGUGAUGGAGACUUUGAUGUGGAUGAUGCAAAAGUUUUAUUAGGCCUGACCAAAGAUGGCAGUAAUGAAAAUAUUGAUUCUCUUGAGGAAGUCCUUAAUAUUUUAGCCGAGGAAAGUUCAGAUUGGUUUUAUGGUUUCCUCUCAUUUCUCUAUGAUAUAAUGACUCCUUUUGAAAUGCUAGAAGAAGAAGAAGAGGAAAGCGACGCUACAGAUGGUGUUGAUGAAGAACCUGGUGGGUUAGCCAAGAGGAAAACUAAGGCUAAAGGACUUAAAGAAAGAUCCACUUCAGAGAAGACAUUCCCACCGGAGGAGGCCAAGCCACCGGCUGAGCUGGAGGAGCAGGCUCCCGAGGGGGCAGAAGUCCAGAAUGCUGAAGAUGAAGUAAAAGAACAAAUUCAGUCUCUUCUCCAGGAAUCAGUACACACAGAAUAUGACCCACAGCUGGAAGCAGAGGGGCCAGCAGGAGAACGACAGCCAGAGGUUGAGGACUUCCUCACAGUGACUGACGGAGAUGACAGAUUUGAGGCCAUGGAAUCUGGGGCAGUUCAUGAAGAAACUGAGGAUAGUUACCAUAUGGAAGAGAUGGCAUCCCAGGACCAUCCAAACGAUGUAGAAGAGAUGAUGCAUGAGCAAGAACGCUCAGAUCCUAGCGAAACAGCAAGAGACAUUGAUGAGCCGCAGCAGGGUGCAGAGGAAGCAACACACCAAGACUAUGCUGAACCAGUAUAUGAACAUUCAGAAAACGAAGGGAUAGAGAUUUCAGAUAAUACCAUAGAAGAUUCCAGCAUAAUUUCAGAAGAAAUAAAUGUCCCCUCCGUGGAAGAACAGCAAGACACACCACCAGUUAAGAAAAAGAAGCCUAAACUUCUGAACAAAUUCGAUAAAACAAUUAAGGCUGAACUUGAUGCUGCAGAAAGGCUCCGGAAAAGGGGUAAAAUUGAGGAAGCAAUGAAUGCGUUUGAAGAACUGGUUCGCAAGUACCCUCAGAGUCCACGAGCGAGAUACGGCAAAGCACAGUGUGAAGAUGACUUGGCAGAGAAGAGGAGGAGCAAUGAAGUUCUGCGCAGGGCCAUCGAGACCUACCAGGAGGCCGCCAGCCUGCCCGACGCCCCCACAGACCUGGUGAAGCUGAGCUUGAAGCGACGCUCAGAAAGACAGCAGUUUCUAGGUCACAUGAGAGGUUCCCUGCUUACCCUGCAGAGACUAGUUCAGCUGUUUCCUGGUGAUACUACAUUAAAAAACGACCUUGGCGUGGGAUACCUCUUGAUGGGAGACAAUGACAGCGCCAAGAAGGUUUAUGAAGAGGUUCUGAAUGUGACACCCAAUGAUGGCUUUGCUAAAGUGCACUACGGCUUCAUCCUGAAGGCACAGAACAAGAUAGCUGAGAGUAUUCCCUACCUAAAGGAAGGAAUCGAAUCCGGGGAUCCUGGCACAGACGAUGGCCGGUUUUAUUUCCACUUGGGAGAUGCCAUGCAGAGGGUCGGGAACAAAGAGGCGUAUAAGUGGUAUGAGCUUGGGCACCAGAGAGGACACUUCGCCUCUGUCUGGCAGCGCUCCCUCUACAAUGUGAAUGGCCUAAAGGCUCAGCCGUGGUGGACGCCCAGGGAGACUGGCUACACGGAGCUGGUGAAGUCUUUAGAGAGAAACUGGAAGUUAAUCCGUGAUGAAGGCCUCAUGGUGAUGGAUAAAGCCAAGGGUCUCUUCCUGCCUGAGGAUGAAAACCUUCGGGAGAAGGGGGACUGGAGCCAGUUCACACUGUGGCAGCAAGGAAGGAAAAAUGAGAAUGCCUGUAAAGGAGCCCCUAAGACCUGUGCUUUACUAGAAAAGUUCUCCGAGACAACAGGAUGCAGGAGAGGACAGAUCAAAUAUUCCAUCAUGCACCCUGGAACUCAUGUGUGGCCACACACAGGACCCACAAACUGCAGGCUCCGCAUGCAUCUAGGGUUGGUGAUUCCCAAGGAAGGCUGCAAGAUCCGGUGUGCCAAUGAGACCAGGGCAUGGGAAGAAGGCAAGGUGCUCAUCUUUGAUGACUCUUUUGAGCAUGAGGUGUGGCAGGAUGCCUCAUCGUUCCGGCUGAUCUUCAUCGUGGAUGUGUGGCACCCCGAGCUGACCCCUCAGCAGAGACGCAGCCUUCCUGCCAUUUAGAAGAAAUUGACAUGGCCUUGGGUGCUCAGCUUGAGGCUGCCUUUCCACUUCUUCUGGAGUGUGGACGUAGAAAUUUCAAGUGCCAAGACUCUUCAUCCCUUUGCCUUGCAGCUAAAGACCUCUAGGGUUCCUUCUGGAUGGGAAAUCCCUGGAAGGAGUAUUUGCCAUACUGAAAUUCAUUUAGGAGGCCCCUGGCUUCACAUUAUUCCUGACAGCACAGAACUUCUGCCUGGACUGAAGGGGAAUGCUUGGCUGUAUCUACAUUGCUAGCCAGAGAUAUUUUUCUACACAGAACCAUGUCUACAUCAAUGUACACUGAGGAUAUACUAUAUGUAGAAACUGUGAAUGAAUCACGUUAGUUUGUCAUUUUUCUAUGCAGUUAUAUUUUUCUAGGUAGCUACACUAUUCUGUCACCAUGUUUUUGUUGAUAAGUAUAAAUGCUUUACUUCUGACUGUUAAAUAGUAAUUUUCCUGCUAAAUUAAGACAUAUUCCUUUUAGGGAAAAAAAAAACCACUUGUGAAGAAGGCAACUUUAUUUUCCUAACAUAAAUGGGAAGUUCCUCCAGGAUGUAUAAACUGUGCCAACCCUUGCCCUUGGGUCCACCUGGGAACUUCAUUUAGACUCAGUGUCUUCCCCUUUCUCUGUGCUAAUAAUAGAAAUGGUAUCAUGUUCUUAUUUCUAGGAACAAUACUUUUUUUUACACCGAGCAGAGCCAUGGAAACAUUUCAUGUUGUAAUAAGAAUAUACCACAGAUAGGGGGCUCAGAGAGAAGAAGUAACAUGGAGGUGAAAGUUCCCACUCAGGGUCAGGUGGCCAGGUAGCCUGGGCAGGCUCUUUACCUUCUGUGCACAGGGCCUGGAACCUGCGGUGUCUGCCUGCUGUCGAUCCGCUUGAGUGCCAAGAAGAUGGCUGCUUGGUUUCUGAGAGGCUCCUCACAGUUUUAUCAAUGGAGGAAGAAUAGCAUAGGAAGUCCCGAGGAAUGCUUGCAUUCUUCCCUGGGUGUAGGUGCUCCAGCUUGUUUGAUUCUGAAUUUGCAGACCUUUUCCAUCUUCUGCACUCAAAAAACAUCUGCCAGCGAAUCGUUAUUUUAAAAUAGCAUUUCCCAUGUAUGUUUGAUCUGAGUACUACCCAUGGCAUAGGAAGAGCAGUAAAUAGUGUUCCCAUGUGUGUUUGAUCUGAGUACUACCCCAAUGCAUAGGAAGAGCAGUACAUAGUGUUCCCAUGUGUGUUUGACUUGAGUACUACCCAUGGCAUAGGAAGAGCAGUAAAUAGUGUUUCCAUGUGUACUACCCGUGGCAUAGGAAGAGCAAUAGAAAGUCAUCUUGCUCCUCAUUGCAAAGACGGUCAGUUCAUUAGUAAAGCAUCACUGCAUUUGAUUUUCUGUUUUGAAUAAAGCUAAUUCAGGCUCUGGAAUGUAAUGACAUUCAUGCACUGAUCUCCAAGCCAGUUGAUCAACAAUGCUGCAGAAAUGACACAGAUUCCAGCUGUACAGGCAGAUAAGACAUAGAUGCACUUUUUUCAUCUAAUGUCAAAAGGAGCAGCUUUCUGGACCUCAUUUAAAGAGAAAUUCUUUGACCUUGAAAUUGAUCCUUUUUCUUUUAGCUUAAGGAUAUUAGCUUUUAGUAGAAAGUUUACAAAAUAUGUGUCCAUUCUUAAAAUAGGUACUUUUUCCUUCUUUUGCCAGUGUUCAAAAAUUCCUCUAAAACAGAUGGCAAAGGCAUGGGAGCAAAAUACCAAAUCAUUACCAAAUUCCAGAAAAGAAAACAAACUCUUAGAGAACAAAAAGAUAUUUGUGUUCUUCAGUAUUUAUUAAAUGGCAGAACUUACUGGCAAAAGGCAAUACAAUCCAGUGUUCAUGGAGUAACACUCGGUCGCCUAUUGGAUUUAGUUCUCUUACAUAUUACAUACACAUAACAAAAUGCAAACCAUAUGUUCUCCUUGUUAAACCAUCACCUUACAUUCAUGUAAUAAAAUGGUGGAAAUGAGAGGAAAUUAGCAAUUGAUAGGAAAUACAACAAGGUUUUUAAAAUAUGGUCAUUACAGUAGGAUUCUAAAUAUUGCCAUGUGAAAAGCCAGAAGAACCAUUAUUGUUACAAGAGUUGGCAGUUGUUGACUCCAACAGCAUUUUGAGUACUUGGAUCCUACAUUUGUUUUAUAAACCCAAGCAAUAAAAGAUUUUCUAAUUGA